AUGGUUCGUCAAUUCACUUUUCUGCCUACUGACCGGAGAGCAACUGGAGACGAUGGCCGGUCCAUGAAAUAUAGCCAUUGGGGACGAUAUAAUACUUUCUACGGACUUUCUCUUACAACAACACUCUCGACGAUACUUUUAUUGGCUCAGCUCUACGAAUGGCGUGUAACCGGACAACUCUUCGCUUUGGCCAACAAGUUUCCGGGUUCCGCUGCGCUUGUCGUUCAACUCCUCGCCGCAUCGUUUGGUCUUUUGCAUCUUGCCGUCAUAUGCAAACUAUUCAACUAUGCACUUCGAAUUCGCCUUGCGCGAGUUAGCGUGUCACUGGAUGUGUUGCGAACAUGGGUGUUUAUGACAUUGAUGAAAGUGGACUGGGACCUACCCCUACGAUUCUUCUUUCCGGUUCUCUUCACAGCCUUCCUCAGUCUUGUGCCUGCCGCUCUCUGGGCUGGUGCGAUGACAGCAUCAGUCUCUACCACAGUGCAGGGCGGUUCGCUUCUGAUCCCAAGCUUUGAAGAUGUCUCCCUGAUCAAGGAGUAUCCGAUGAUGAUAGGUAGCGCGGGACCAUCUCUGCGCACACAAAAGGGGUUCUUCACCUAUUCGGUUGGUCAACAACAGAGUGGACAGAUCCUAGCAGCCGCAGCGGAAGCAUCUUCUGGAUUAGAGCCACAUAUCCAUCGCAAGCCCGACAACACGCAAUUCAGUUAUCUAGGCCGUUCCUAUGGUGUAGGAGCCGCAGUCGGACUAAUGGACCAAAGCAUCACUUCCAACACCUACGCUGCAGGCUACAUCUACGAAGAGAUGGGUUACUUGGCAAACGUCACCUGCAGUUACAACCGCACCUCGGACUUUACGCUUUCCGGCCCCGUCAACGAAUGGAUAUACGCCGCAUCCGGCAACCUCCCCGACAGCGAAGAAGGACCAGAGUACUCCAACUACAUCGGCCACGAUGGCAAAGCCAUUGUAGCAAUCGGUGUCGCAUUCAGCGAGCGCUCACCCCGGCGCUACCUCUCCAUCGCAGCCGGCGAAGCCUACGCCUUCCUCAACAACACACAAUGCGAAUUCGACUUCACCCCCACCCUCUUCAACAUCACCGUCGACAUUGGCAGUCUCAACAUCACCGUCACGCCCGUGAAAACAGUACCAGACUUUAAUCCAGAGCGAAACAUCACACGCACCGUCCUCCGCCAAUUCGAGCUCAUGUCAAACGACAUGACUAACCUGUACGUUUCCCUCCUAGGCGAAGCAUUCAACUCCAGCAUCGCCGCCUACAGAAUGUCGCGCGCGUCUCAGAACCUCAGCGCCACUACCGAGGAAGAAGGCGUCAUGCACGCUGUCAGCGAAAGCAUGAUUUCAAUGGCUGAUACCAUGCUCGUUGCCUACGCCUCCGCACAACUCAUGGUCGGCAAGAUGAGCGUGCAGAAGCCAGCCGAAGUCCACAUCUACGCGUUGAAAUUUGGUCAACCGAUCUACAUCUACGCAAUCUUCACUUUCAACCUCCUCGUCAUUUGCGCCGUUGCGUUUGAAGCCAUGCGCACGAGUGGUUGGUCCGGUCUCGGUCGUUUCAAUUAUCUCGAUCCUCGCGAUCUUAUCAUCGCUGCGUCUAGGGGCGGCGCGGAUAUCGCGUCUGCGGCGGACGAUAUCAUGGAGCGCAGGGAGGGCAGGCGCAUGAAACAUCUUUGGCUGCUUUCUGAUCCUGAUGUUGGUAAUGGCUCGUUAAUUGUCAACCUAAAGGGCGAUGACGACGGGCAUGUUAAGAUUAAUGUGGGGUCGAGACAGGAGGGGGAUGGAGCCGCGACCCCGGAUUCGCAGUAUCCGGUGGAUGAGAAGAGUUCGUAUUUUGAGUUUGGGGAUGCCAUGGCUAGUGUGCCGUUGACGCCGAAGACGCCGGCGAAGAUCAAGGUGGGUAUUUUUGGGUCGCAUUUACCGGGGCAGGGUCGAGGUUGA